AUGUUGCAGUCGGAGAAAACUCCCAAGCGGUCUUCUGCAACCAUCCGCAAAGAUCUUGCGGAGAAAGCUGCGGCUGAGGUCAAGGACAAGGGAGGAGAGGUUGGACAGUCGUUUGAGAAACAACUCAAACGGGCUAGGGAGGAUAACCCCGCCGUUCUUAACAAAAUUAAAAAAGCCACCUCUACGUCAACUCCUGGCGCCUCAGCCGGGCAUCAGCAGAUGCGGAUAGCGGGGCGAAACGAGAAGAUAGGCGUCAGCUUGUGCCUUGAUCUCGUCAACCCCUUAUCAGCAGUCGCGGGGUUCACCACGCUUGCAAGCCGUUCCCGCUUGGCCGGCUCUGAAGUGGACGGGCUCAAAUGUCCUUAUUCCCGCAAACAGGAAGAGGUAAAAAGGGCCAAAAAGUUCGCCAUAGACGCUGAUAAUAUUUCUUUACACUCGACUAUCGUAAAUGAACUUGAAACUAAAGCAAUAAUUAUGACACAGACGUCUAGAAUCCAGCAGCUAGAGUUAGAUCUAAAGACAACCAAUCAGCGCGCGACGGAUGCUGAGACGGCUAAGAAGGAGGCGGAGGAGGCCCAGAAGAAGGCAGACGAGAGCGCCAAGAAGGCUGAUGAGGCGCUUAAGAAUGCCCAGACGGACCUUGGCACACUUAAAGGAGUUUCCGAAGAGAACACCAAACUGAAGACCAAGGUUCAAAGGCUGGAGAAGGAGGCUUCUCAGGCUCAGAUAAACUUUGCAGCAACCUUGGAGGCGGAGCAAAACCUCCUUGUUGCUGAGAGUGACGCUGACAAUGACGCCCGUAUGAAGAUUGCCUAG